AUGCUGGCGCUAGCUUUCUUGUCGACGGCAGCCGCCGACGUCAUUCCCAACUGGGGUGUUCAAGACGUCUGGGUGCACACAGCGACGUGGACUGCUGCCCACUGCCAGUGCUUUUGCGAACGUCUCUGCUCGCAUCCGACCGAGUAUCUCAAAACCAACCUCGUCUCGUCCGUGCUCGUGCCGCGCCUCACGAAUGGCUCGAUCCCACGCUGUGAUUUGGUGAGUGCGCCGUUUAGCCCAGCUGCCAUCCGCGCCGUUGGCCAAAGCAGCCUGCAAACGUACUAUCCGCUCGCGAUGAGCCGCGACCUUGACCACAUGUGGGACGCGAACUCGACCGAGCCCCGCUACGACGUGGGCAGCUUUGGGUACCCCUGUGGCGGUCUCCACGAAACGUCGUACCUCAAGACAGUUGUCCAGCUCGGCAAGUUCAUCCAGACGCCGUCGCUCCUCGUGUCGAGCAUUGGCCAAAACAUUACGACGCAGUCGAUCCGCGAUGCGUUCAAGAAGGAUCAAAACCUCGACGUCGUUUUGCUCUGCUCCAGCGGCGGCUUUGCCGAUGUUCUCACAUCGCGCCGCUGA